AUGCUGUCCAGGAAGGGGAUCAUCCCGGAGGAAUACGUCCUGACCCGGCUAGCCGAGGACGUGCCCGAGCAAGCCCGCUUCCGCGCGCGGGAGAGGAGAGCGCGCUUCGUGGGCAAGAACGGCGCCUGCAAUGUGGCGCACAAGAACAUCCGGGAGCAGGGCCGCUUCCUGCAGGACGUCUUCACCACCCUGGUGGACCUGAAGUGGCGCGACACGCUGCUCAUCUUCACCAUGUCCUUCCUCUGCAGCUGGCUGCUCUUCGCCAUGAUCUGGUGGCUCAUCGCCUUCGCGCACGGCGACCUGGACCACAGCACGCGGCGGCUGCACCUGCCGGGCGACGACGGCGCGGCGGCGGGCUUCGUGCCCUGCGUGACCGAGCUGCACUCCUUCACCUCGGCCUUCCUCUUCUCCAUCGAGGUGCAGGUGACCAUCGGCUUCGGCGGCCGCAUGAUGACCGAGGAGUGCCCGGCCGCCAUCCUCAUCCUGAUAGUGCAGAAUAUCGUGGGGCUGGUGAUCAACGCCAUCAUGCUGGGAUGCAUCUUCAUGAAGACGGCCCAAGCGCGCCGGCGCGCCGAGACGCUCAUUUUCAGCAAGCACGCGGUGAUCGCCCUGCGCGGGGGCAAGCUCUGCUUCAUGCUGCGCGUGGGCGACCUGCGCAAGAGCAUGAUCAUUAGCGCCACCAUCCGCAUGCAGGUGGUGAAGAAGACCACCAGCCUGGAGGGGGAAGUGGUGCCCCUCAACCAGAUCGACAUCCAGAUGGAGAACCCGGUUGGGGGCAACAGCAUCUUCCUCGUCUCCCCGCUCAUCAUCUGCCACGUCAUAGACAAGCAGAGCCCCCUGUACGACGUGGCCCCCUCCCAUCUCCACCACCACGAGGACUUGGAAGUUAUAGUCAUCCUGGAAGGGGUGGUGGAAACCACGGGCAUCACCACCCAGGCCAGGACAUCCUACCUGGCCGAUGAGAUCCUCUGGGGGCAAAGGUUCGUGCCGAUUGUGACGGAAGAGGACGGGCAGUAUUCGGUGGACUACUCCAAGUUUGGCAACACAGUGAAGAUCUCCACUCCUAAGUGCACUGCCAGGCAGCUGGAGGAAGACCCAGGCAUUUGGGGCACCAUUGCCUUGUCACCGAGGAGCACCAUUAGGAAAAGAUCUGUUAGGUUAAAGCCCAAGUUUAGCAUAGCAGAUGAGCCUUCCUGACGCGCCCUGUAGAGCAGGCUGGGGUAUGUGGCCUCUGUUUCAGGUUGGCUCUGCAAGGUAGGUAAGAUUAUUUGGUGCAAUGUGAUUCAGGACAGCUAAGGAAAACGGAGUAUGUAUCUUAUCUCUCUGACUUUAUUUAUUUGUACAAAUACUUUUAGGGGGAUAAACAACCCAAACUGAGAGGUUUCUCUUUUGAAAACUAUUUUUUCUGUAUUGAAUUAUUUAUGUCCUGGCGUUGCAUGGACCUGCGCUGAUUUUUUUAAAACACUUAUAUACAAGUAUCUCAGUUCUAGUUAGAAACGGAUUCAUUAGGUUCAGUAACGGAUUCAUUAGGUUCAGUAACAAAAACAAUAACAGCAGCAGUAGCAACAACAUUAUUAAUAUUUAUGAGAUGAGAGUGACUUGAA